CGGGACUGGUGGGAGGACGUCGGCACUUGACUGCAGCACAUUGCGAUGCAGAGGUGAGGUGAGGAGGGUGGUGGUGGUGGCGGUGGUGGUGGGGGUGGGAGGAAUAAGGAUGCGAUGCAUGUAUGAGCUGCACGCCUGAAGCCCACAGCAGCAGCAGCAGCAGGCAGAAGCCAGCAGGAGCAGCCAGCCAGCCGCCUCCUGUGCGGACAGAGUGCAGGGAGGUGGCGUCGGGAGUUCAUGCGCACACCUCUGGACGCCGCUGCCGAGGAGGGCCGUGGUGUCUCUGCAGCGCCGCAGCUUUUUCUAGAGGAAUACCGUCUCCAUACGUGACUCCGAGCCCGAAGCUGCCCUGGCUUGGGAUCUGAGCGGGAGGGAGGGAGGAAGGGAAGAAGAAGGAGGAGGAGAAGAGAGGAGUGUGUGUGUGUGUGGGGGGGGGCCCUAGCGCGGCACCCCGCCCGUCUCGCCUCAUUUGGACUGCAGGGAUAACGACCCUACACCGUGAUAUCCCCGCGCAGAAACCACUGAGCAGGUGUUCGGCGCCGUCAUCACCAGUACCACCGGUUUUCCUCCAUCCCGCACCUCUGCGCCAAAGGUUCCCAUUGCCAGUGGAGAACUGUUGUGACUGUUGAUGGAUUACUUCAACUUUGACAGUGAUGUUAUGAUGCGAGGAGCAAAAGGGAAGAUAACUGGGGCCUCUGUGUAGAAGGGAUCAACAUUAUUAUUUGCAAGACUCCCAUAUAUUUCCAGUAAUGACAGCCUCUUCAAGCGACUCCUUAAAUGUGAGGAUUUAAGUUGGGUCAGCAAGGAUAAAUCAGCAGAAUGUGUCAUCACGCCAACAACCAACCCAAUCAGUAAGAAGCUCCUACACAUCUCUGCCUCUUCUUGGGACGUCCCAUCAAUCAUUUUCCCUUCUCGUAGCUGCCUCUUCACCAGACACACAACAUGCGCCCUUCACUCGCCACAGCAGUCCUACCACCCAGGACCCGUUCCCAUAAUCCACCCAACCUGGCCGUGGGGGGCCGCGAACACCUGUCGGCUCCACGAAGGCGCAGCCCCCACCUCCGGCACACUCUCAGCCCAGAGAACCUGCGGACCUUGGCGGAGAGGGGCGGGGCCACCGUCGAUACCGCCUCCGUCGUCAGCAGUCCCAUAGGGCUUCCGCGGGCUAACAGCGACACAGACCUGGUGACCUCCCAGAGCAGGUCCUCGCUAACGGCGUCCACUCUGGAGUACACGCUGAACCGUGGUCAGAACCUCGUCAUAUCCUGGGACAUCAAGGAGGAAGUGGAUGCCACCGACUGGAUCGGGCUGUACCACAUUGAUGAAACCAGUCCAUCCAACGUGUGGGACUGUAAGAACAGAGGGGUGAAUGGCACCCAAAAAGGUCAGAUUGUUUGGAGGCUAGAGGCUGGGCCCUACUUUAUGGAGCCUGAGACCAAGAUCUGUUUCAAGUACUACCACGGAGUGAGUGGAGCCCUGCGAGCUACAACCCCCUGCAUCACUGUGAAGAAUCCAGCAGUCCUGGUGGAGGGGCUGGCAGAGCAGGUGGGCGUCGAACAUCCUCGGAAACUGAUCAGCUUUACUUUGACGGACUUGCGUGCCACUGGCCUGAAGAAGGGCAUGUUUUUUAAUCCGGACCCAUACCUGAAGAUGUCCAUCCACCCAGGGAAGAGGAGCGUCUUCCCCGUCUUCAGUCACCAUGGACAGGAGCGACGAUCAGCCAUCAUCGCUAACACCACCAACCCCAUCUGGCACGGAGAGAAAUACACAUUUGUAGCGCUAAUGACAGACAUCCUGUAUAUUGAGGUGAAGGACAAGUUCGCGAAAAGCCGACCAAUCAUCAAACGCUUCCUCGGUCAGCUCACUAUCCCUGUGCAGCGGCUUAUUGAAAAAAUACCUGGUGUCCAGCCUGUGAGUUUCUCUCUGUGUCGGCGCCUGCCCACUGAACACGUAAGUGGCCAGUUGCAGUUCAAAGUGGAGCUCACCUCAACGGGGCCUGAUGGUGCUUCCCCUGAUUCUAUCAUUGGCAUUUCAUCCUUGAAUGGAGCUCCAGGGACUCCAUCUGAUGAUGAGGACCUUCCACAUCACCUUCCGGGGGUGGUCUCUGCAGGCCCCUCCCCUACCGGCUCCCAGGGCUCCCAGGGCAUGUGGGAAGGUGGGGCCACGGCCUGCCCGGAAAAGGACCUGUCUCUUGUUGGAGCUGAGGCUAGAUUUGUGGAUUCUGAAAGCUUGUCGGGCCAUGAAAUACUCCAGGGGUCACUUAGUGAGGGCCUGGAUGCUAUUGAGGCCCCCAAGGGUCCCGGUGAAAGACCCCUGGGUGCGGCCUCACCCAAACUGCGCUCUAGCUUCCCCACACACACAAGGCUCAGUGCUAUGUUGCACAUAGAUUCAGACGAGGACGAGGAGAGGUCGGGGGCCAACGACAUCACUCCAGUGCCACUGUCACCGCUGCUGAUGAACGGAGAGCCUCCUGACGUCGGCGGCCCCGAUGAAGACGACCCAUUUCCCGAGCUCCAACAGGAGCCUGAGCAGCUAGAGCCAUCAGUUAUCGAGGAGGAGCCCGAGGGUGCAGGUGCUGUGACAGAAGACGUGCCCGCUGAGGUAGAGUUGGAGGCAGGUCUGGACUUGGAAGAUGUUUUGGAGCCAGAUGUCUUCUCUGAGGUGGAGGAGGUUCCUUUCACUGAGGCUAUGUCCCAUAGUGUUUUGCCUGAGGGCGGAGAGGUGCCUGAGGAAGAGAGGGUGCCUGGCGAGGAACCCUCAUCAGAGAUCGACACCUGCUCCAUGGCAACAGCCCCGCAGACAGCCUUCUCAUCAUCAGAGAGCUGUCCAGUCACACUGACCACUGCUGUGGAGGCGGAGGAGGGAGCAGAGACAGCCAUAGAUCCUGGGGGAGAUGUAGUUACCUGCACCCCUCCAACCACUCAAGCUGUAGAUGACGAGGGGGGUGGGCAAACUCCGGUCACUGAGGCUGAAGGAGAAGCGCCGCCAGCCAGGGAGCGAGAAGGGGUAGAGGAGAUCAGCAUGAGGAGGCUCAGCCUGCAGGCUGCAGGGGGCGUGGCUGAAGAACAGGAAGGGGAGGAGGCGAAGCCACAUGAGGAGUCUGUGGAUUCAGAGCAAGUUACUACAGAAACAGACGGAGAGGAAGGUACACAUGUCAACGGCCAUCCUGUACGUUCGCUUCCCUCUGUACGUCACGACAUUCACCGAUACCAACGUGUGGACGAGCCUCUACCCCCCAACUGGGAGGCUCGGAUCGACAGCCAUGGGAGGAUUUUCUUCGUGGACCAUGUGAACAGGACCACCACAUGGCAGCGUCCCACUGGGCCGCCUGCCCCGCAGGGACUGACCCGCUCUAACUCUAUUCAGCAGAUGGAGCAACUCAACCGCAGAUACCAGAGCAUCAGGAGGACCAUAACCAACAGUGAUCGAACAGAGGAAAGCUCAGUUGACCUGCUACCUGAACCAGAAAGUGAACUGAUGCCCCACUCCAUCUCUGAAUACCGGCGAGAGAGCACAGUCGCUCACGCCAGCGGUCGCUCACGCCUCUCCCUGCUGCUCCAGUCACCCAGCGCCAAGUUCCUGUGCAGCCCCGACUUCUUCACCGUGCUGCAUUCAAACCCUAGUGCCUAUCGCAUGUUUACGAGCAACACCUGCCUGAAGCACAUGAUCAGUAAGGUGCGCCGGGACGCUCAUUACUUUGAGCGCUACCAGCACAACCGCGACCUCGUCACCUUCCUCAACAUGUUCUCCAACAAGCAGCUGGAGCUUCCCCGGGGGUGGGAGAUGAAGCACGACCAUACUGGGAAGCCCUUCUUUGUGGAUCACAACUGUCGCUCCACGACCUUCAUUGACCCACGGCUGCCCCUCCAGAGUUCUCGCUCGACAGGGCUGCUGGCUCACCGCCAGCAUUUGAGCCGCCAGCGCAGCCACAGUGCUGGGGAGGUAGUGGACGACUCUCGCCAAACCAACCCGCCCGUCAUGCCCCGCCCCUCCAGCACCUUCAGCGGCUCCAGUCGCAGUCAGUACCACGACGUGGUGCCCGUGGCCUACAAUGACAAGAUUGUGGCGUUUCUACGGCAACCCAACAUCUUUGAGAUACUGCAGGAAAGGCAACCUGAGCUUGCCAGGAACCACUCGCUCAAGGAGAAGGUGCAGUUUAUUCGCAGUGAGGGAGUCAACGGGCUGGCUCGUCUCUCUAGUGACGCCGACCUCGUCAUGCUGCUGAGCUUAUUUGAAGAGGAGGUGAUGUCAUACGUGCCCCCGUUACUCCACCCAGGUUACUGCAUCUCCUCGCCUCAGAGCUCCCCUGGCACUCAGCGAGCCAAUGCCCGCGCUCCUGCUCCAUAUAAGAGAGAUUUUGAGGCUAAACUGAGGAACUUCUAUCGAAAGCUGGAGACCAAGGGUUAUGGCCAAGGACCAGGGAAAGUCAAGCUGAUCAUACGCAGAGACCACCUUCUGGAGGAUGCCUUCAACCAGAUCAUGUGCUACUCCCGUAAAGACCUGCAGAGGAGUAAACUCUAUGUCAGCUUCGUAGGCGAGGAUGGAUUGGACUACAGUGGGCCCUCCAGAGAGUUUUUCUUCUUGGUGUCCAGAGAACUGUUCAACCCGUACUACGGCCUGUUUGAAUAUUCAGCCAAUGACACAUACACUGUCCAGAUCAGCCCCAUGUCUGCCUUUGUAGACAACCACCAUGAGUGGUUUCGCUUCAGUGGGCGUAUCCUGGGGCUGGCUCUCGUCCAUCAGUACCUGCUGGAUGCCUUCUUCACCCGACCCUUCUACAAGGGGCUUCUUCGCAUCCCAUGUGACCUGAGCGACCUGGAGUUCCUGGAUGAGGAGUUCCACCAGAGCCUUCAGUGGAUGAAGGACAACGACAUCGAAGACAUGCUGGACCUCACCUUCACCGUCAAUGAGGAGGUUUUUGGACAGAUUACGGAGAGAGAGCUGAAGCCGGGCGGGGCUGGUAUCCCCGUGUCAGAGAAGAAUAAGAAGGAGUACAUUGAGCGAAUGGUCAAGUGGCGUAUCGAGAGAGGAGUGGCCCAGCAGACGGAGAGCCUGGUCCGAGGCUUUUAUGAGGUGGUGGAUGUGCGACUGGUGUCCGUGUUCGAUGCCAGGGAGCUGGAGCUGGUGAUUGCCGGCACGGCGGAGAUCGACCUGGCAGACUGGAGGAACAACACAGAGUACAGAGGAGGUUACCACGACAACCACAUAGUGAUUCGCUGGUUCUGGGCAGCUGUGGAGAGAUUCAACAAUGAGCAGAGGCUGAGGCUGCUGCAGUUUGUGACAGGUACCUCCAGUAUUCCUUAUGAGGGUUUUGCCUCUCUACGGGGCAGUAAUGGACCCCGCAGAUUCUGUGUGGAGAAGUGGGGAAAAAUCACCUCCUUACCCAGGGCUCACACUUGCUUUAAUCGUCUGGACCUCCCACCUUACCCCUCCUUCUCCAUGCUCUACGAGAAGCUGGUCACUGCUGUAGAGGAAACGAGCACGUUCGGUUUGGAAUAACCUCGUAAACAGCUCACGUCCAGGUCUAACACUCGAGACAGAGAACCAAACUGGAAAUCCACUUUUCUCACUUUGGAGGGACAUGGGAAAUAAAACUAAUAUCCUCAAAUGGCAACUACCCACCCAUGGAUAACUCUGCAAUUUUUUUCCAACUGGCAUUUUGUCACUCAGCGUGCAGGAUUCGUUCCAAUCCUCUGCCUUUCUCUCACAUUUCUGACAGAGGUCGAUCAAGUGGACACCCGUACGAAAGGCGCAGAAUUGGAAAAUAGUUUGAAAAGCUGUACAGUACAGUUUCUUGUUCCCUAAGCCACAUGUGUGCUUUAUCUCUUCAGUUAAUGGCCUUGGUUACUGGAUUUCUAGCAUCUCCUCUUCUCUUCCUCCUCUUCCUCCAAGCUGCACCUCGGAGACAGCUGCUCUAAAACCACAAAGCUCCCUUCUCCCCUCCCUGGACCUCUAAACUGUGUCCUUCCUGCACUGGGGCUGCAGUGUUAUAAACUAUAACACACACACACACACACACACGCACACACACAUACACCCUCAUCACCUUUGCACAAAACAACACACAAAUAUGGGACAUUUUGUUUUUAUUGAUGGUGCAAACCAGUGCCCCCCCCACCGCCCCCAAAGUUUUUUAUCAGCAUGGAAAUAUAUGACAUUUUAGACUUUUAACAGGAUAUUGACUGGUCCUCCCUGCCUGUCUGUCUGAUAGCCGGAGAUGCACUGGUGUGCACAAGUACUCACACACACAGAUAAAUAAACAGAAAUCAGUUGUUCUAACACUAACAAUACACAGUUUUGAUUCCUGAAUAAGCUAGGAACUGAGUCAGGAAUCAUCAGCAAGAUAUUUAUGGACCCACUGUAAUAAUGACAGCAGGUUCUAGUCAGGACUGUUACCUUCAAUACUACAACAUCUGCGCUCUUAUAUGAACACAAAAGGUAUACUCACCAGGGACACCCACUAUCACAGACACAUACGUACAAUACUGCAGCAUUAGCCUUGUACUUUCUUACAGUGUACCAGAUGCACUCACUCCAGUGCAGUACACAGAUACAUUUACUGACACACUCCAGUCAGAUAGAAACGCAGGGUUCCUGUCUUUCAAACUGUCCCACACAUUCAUCAUGAGCAACAGAUGCACUUUCUCAGACAGACAGAUGACACCGGCUCGUAAGUAUGACACGCAAGGUCCUUCUCGCUGAUGUAAUCGCCUCCCACCCAAUGAAAGUGAUGAAUGUACCAAAUCAGUGACUGAAUGUAUGAACCUCAAGCAACCCUGCUUCCCCCCCCACCCCCCCAGAGGAAAAACCUCACACAGGCUGAAGAGGAAACACAAAGCUGGAAGUGGAGGGAAAGGGAAUCAAAUGCGAUGCAGUUGCUUGAGGGGACGAGGAGGCGCUUCGUUCGAUGUUGGCACCAGAUCAGGCCUUGUUCGCUGAAAAGACACAAACCUGGUGUCGCCCAGGUUCCCUGGUCAGGGUACAGUGGCGGGAUUUUUUUUCUUUCUUUCUUUCUUUCUUUUUUUUCAGUGCCUCUUGGGCUUUCUUGACCAUACAGUGAAAUUUCUUAAGGGAAGCCAUUUUAUUUCCUUGUAGAAAUUUGACCAGAUUCAUGUGUCUCACAAAUCAAAGAUGAUGAAACUGAAGGAGCUGCGGUUAAAAUCCCUGAACAGAUAUCAACACAAGGGGGCAGUAAGGUGUGCUGUCAUUACUAUGGCACUUUGAGAGCAGAAAAAAAACAGUGAUGUGUCUUUACUGAAUCACCUGACCAGGUGUGAUAAUGAUGUUGUCAGGAACAAGCCCUAACCUUUAGGGCUGUAUGGAUAUUGUACUUAAGAACUAAUGGCAUACAAGUCCAUGACAGACAAUAGUUUUGUCCUGAAAGCAUGUGAUAAAACAUUUCUGUAACUCUUAAGUGCACAACCAUAAUCCCUAAGGACCCUUUCACUCUGUGUCACACACACUUCUACAUGCACACAAAUACACACACACACACACACACACACACACACACACACACACACACACACAUACAAACACAGACAUACUCAUUUUCUAUGGGGUGCAUGCAAGAUUACACCUACUGUACAGAGUCCCGUUGGAGCUAGACCACAGGGGCUGGAAUAGUGGUAAAGAGCCCCACAUGCGAUGCGAGAUGUGGAGGCCGACUUUCGUAUCCCAGCCCCCCUCUCCCAGCCCAAUACUGCAUGCGGGAUCUUCUUGGUCAGCUCUGUGAGCCACACCAAGGCAGAAACCCCCUAGAUGGCGUUGUGUUAUAGCUCGAUAUUGCAUGCUGAACUAGUGCAACACACUGUCCUUACUAGCUUUUUUUGCAUGAGGAUAUUGCUAUCCAUUCAGUAAAAGGGGGUGAGGGAGCUGGUUAAGUCGUGUCACUUUGGUUGUGGCGCUCACUUGAGGCAUGCGGCCUUAUGCUUACCUGGCACUGUCAUACCUUGAGUGUGAAGCUCAUGGGAAGAAGUUGUGGGAAAUAGGUGCUUCAGUCAGUCUUAGUUUUAGCUCUGGGAAUGGAUGAUGUGUGAAUGCAGCAGCUCGUUUUCUCUAUGACAGUGUAAUGGCGAGUAUCUCGGCAGCAUGUUUCAAAAAUGUUGUUAAUUUCACAUGUGCGCGUCUGCCUAUCUUAGUAAUAGGUCGAUGGUUAUGUCUCAUUGCUCAUGAAUCAGUAAUGAAUCAAUAGGGCUGUUUUGAUUUUGUGAAACGUGAGAGCACAUGUACGUGUACCAUGUGUGCGGUCCUGUUUGUCUCUUUGUAUAUAACUGUAUAUGUAUGUCUGUCCUGUUGUGUGUAUAAAUAUAUAUUUUGCACCGAAUGUACCAAAGGUUUGGGGCUUGCAAAAUCAACCAUUAGGCCUGCUCUCUAUUUCAGUCUAACAAACACAUCGCACUUCUGGCUUUUGCCACAUCCUUACAGAGCAUCACCUCACGUUUGCUUAAGGGGCAGAUUUCUGGCAUGGGCAAGCAACGCUUCACGUUAGGAUAUACAUCACUUGGUCAGUUUGACAUUUUCCAUAAUGAGGCUUUUCUGCAGCAGAAGACUGAUAAGACUGAUUACUUUCUUCACAUCCAAGUGAAGACAGUUGCACCUCUCUUCUUUCCUAGUACAUUUCUGACAGGACCCGGCUCCACUUUUCAGAUUUCCACUCUAUGCAAAGCUCCUGUAUGUGUGUCUCCAUUUCACCCCAAUGAUUGUAAUAAAAGAGAACAAAUGGCAAAUUUUGA